UUUUUUUUUUUUUUAUCUUUAUUCCCAUCGUGUAUGUGUAUUUCGUCGCCUUAUUGGUUUCCUUUCCCUUCCCAGGCCAGAGUUAGGAGUACCAGUUCUUCCCACCUCAUUUUGAUAAGGAUCGGGAACACACACACUCGCUGUCUCUCUCGCUAUUUACCCAUUGGUCCAGCUAGAUUGGGUCUAGAAUUCGCCCGCGGCCACUCACGAUGUCUCAUCCACCCUCUACGUCACAUCGAACAACACCGAUGUCGAGCCAGUCCGUUGCAAAGAAGGGCCGUCCUGCCGACUCCCCUGCAGGAACCGUCUGUGACUCAGCCGUCUACGAGCCCACAGCUCCCGAAACAAGACAAGAUCCCGGUACGGGUAGCGGAUCUGGCAUAACAAAACCCAAGCGCAAGAAGAAUCGUCAUCGCAAGCGCCGUAAUCGCAGGCCGUCCUUUCUUGGUCCUGAAGAUUCUCACCCCGCAACUACUCCCACCCUCCCUGAAACACAAGACGUGGACAUGAUGAGACAAGGGGACCAGACUAAGGCCCGGGGUGGGGCUCCUUUUUAUAGGCUUGGAAGAAACCUAAGCAACACUAGCUUGGAAAGUGAGGCUUUACUUGAUCACCGGAACCAACCUAUAAUGCAUACACGAAGGGAGAGUCGACUAGCUCAGUCGUUCCGACCUAGCUCAAUGUCAAACACCUUGCGGCCUGUUGACUCGAGCUCCCGCCAUCUCCCAUCUCGCGGCAAAAUAUCGUAUGCGGAAGAUAGUGAUCAGGAAGCGGUGGAUGAUCGAACACCCCUGAUGAGACCGUCCUCGAGCCAGACUAUCAAUGCCCAAAGGUAUGGGACAGAUGCCAAAUCCAGCCCGUUUUCUUUCCAUCAGCGCCGUCAAUCUGCUCAGUCUGAUUCAUCUCGGUGCUCGCCCCGCGGCGUCCUAAGCCAUGAUGUCAAUAACCCUCCAUCGAUGCCCUCAUCACCCCAAUUUGGACCGGACAUGGGUUACAAUGAGGCCGUUAUGACGGGCACAGAGUUUGACUUUUCCCUUGCCAAAUCAUUGGAGAAUCGGUUGGAGUCAAUGGGACGACCACACGAUGUAGUGAUUGAUGUCGACGGCGGUGGUCGUAAAACCCAGAGCUCGCCUGGGUCUUCGCCUGCAUCUCCCCACCCCGCCACACAGGAAGGGCUUCUCCGACGUCGCACUUUUCCCGUGGAAGAGGACGUCUGCUUCCCAAGGGAGGAUGUCUCCGAGGUUAUUGAAGAAGGGGGCCCCAGACUUUCGCGAGAGGAUGAGCGGCGCAGGCGACGGACCCAAGAGUGGCCGGACCUAUCCGUCUUGGAAGAAUGGAGUCGUGAAGAAAAGGAGGAACGGACAGGUGUCUUCCGUACCAAAAAAAUCAGCGAGCCCAUGUUGGUUGAAGGCCGCCUUCGCCCGCAAUACCGACUCUGGCGACGCGAGGAGGAUGAGGCCCCCUACCGAUUCACCUAUUUCAACGAGGAGUUUCAAAGUACGAUUCACGCGCAGACAAUCUCGGAAUUGGUGCAACCCGGCAGUAGCUUUCGGGAGCUCUUUAUCCCCGAUCCGCCCGAACUCGAGGAUUCGUCCGAUGAUGAAGAAAUGGACUCUGACCAUCGUCCUAGCGACGAUCCAGCAUAUUCCCGGGAGGCACACCAUAGCCCAAGCACCACUACCAGAACAGCAACUCCAUCCAAUCAUUACGACCACUAUCUGCCCCCAAAUCAUAAAUUGCAUCCGCGUACAUCUGUCAUUAGUGAAGCUGCGUCGGAAAUGCGAGCAUCCAGCGAAAUGGGUCCUGAACAGAAACAAGAUGCUCCGAAGCCAAAGAAAUACGGUCCUCGGCCAACUUUUUGGCUGGAUAUCCUGUGCCCAACUGACGCGGAGAUGCGAGUGAUCGCCAAGGCUUUUGGUAUCCACGCUCUCACGGCCGAGGACAUCAUGAUGCAGGAAGCCCGUGAAAAGGUCGAGCUGUUCCGAAAUUAUUAUUUCGUGAAUUACCGCACAUUCGAGCAGGAUCGCAACAACGAGAACUAUCUGCAACCUGUGAACAUGUACGUCGUUGUGUUCCGCGAGGGCGUGCUGUCCUUCCACUUCUCGCAGACGCCACACCCAGCAAACGUACGGCGACGCAUCCGGCAACUGAUGGACUAUUUAAUUCUCAGCUCGGAUUGGAUAUCAUAUGCCAUUAUUGAUGACAUCACCGAUGUUUUUGGUCCCCUCAUUCAGUCCAUUGAGGAUGAGGUGGAUGGAAUUGAUGAGAUGAUCAUGCAAAUGCAUUCCCACGAACGUGGGGUGAGCCCCUCUACGAAGGAGGAAGAGGACAACGAGGCCCCAGGCCCCGGUGAGAUGCUGCGACGAGUGGGGGUAUGUCGCAGGAAAGUCAUGGGGAUGUACAGGCUUCUUAGCAACAAGGCAGAUGUGGUCAAGGGUUUCGCCAAAAGGUGCAACGAGCAUUGGGAGGUGGCACCCAAGUCCGAAAUUGGUCUAUAUUUAGGUGAUAUCCAGGACCAUAUCAUGACAAUGACCAGUAGUUUGACCUACUAUGAAACCCUGCUAUCACGCGCACAUACCAACUAUCUGGCGCAAAUUAAUAUCCACAUGAACGAGCGACAGGAACAAACGGCCGAUGUUUUGGGAAAGCUGACCGUCCUGGGAACCAUUGUGCUCCCGCUCAACAUCAUUUGUGGUAUGUGGGGGAUGAACGUGAAAGUCCCUGGCCAGGAUAUGGAUAGCUUAUGGUGGUUCUGGUCAAUCACCGGCGGACUCGUUCUUUUCGCCUUUGCAUCGUUCCUGAUUGCCAAGCGAGUCUACAAAAUUGUCUAGAGAAUCAGUUCCUUUGCUCAUUUGUCUGCCACAAUACCCCGUAGUGGCUCUAGAAUACCCUUUCUUCUG